CCAUUUUAGAAAAUCAAAACAGUGAAAAUUCUCGGCUCUUCGCGUGAAAGCGCAAAAGAAGGUGCAAAAGUUUGUGUUGUGUCUAUCGAAAAUGUUUUGAACUGAUGGAAAGUGCAAGCAGUGCAAGAAAUAAUGUGGCUGCGAAGCGAAACUAGAGAUCGGCGUCUGCGCUCAAGCAGUGUUAGAAGUGCGGUCAAAUUCAAAUCAUCACUCAAAGUGGCAAACCAGCAGAGAACCAGGAAGAGUGUUUCCCUAGAGCUUGUGUCGUCGUCACGCCGCACGUCGGGCACCUCCUCGUCGGUUCCCAGAUGUCGACAGGACGUGUCCACCACAUCCACCACGACGGCGGCGGCGUCGAAGACGACGGCUCAGGCAAGAAACGGGACACCUUCCCCUACGGUUGCGCCAAAACCAACCAGGGUCGCUAGUCCCCGGCGCACGUACAAAGGGACUCGAACUCAUCGCGCCACGGCUACUGCGAGCGGUGGCAAAGCGAGCAGCCGGGAGCCGGUAGUGGCAAUUCCUGAGGACUGUAAAGAAAACUGCUGGCAGGAUAGUAACGAUCUCACACUGUUCGACGGGUCCACCGUAAUCGAUCAGAAGCACUUCGUGGAGGUGCCCAUUCCCUCUACCCAUCACAGCUGCUCUCCCUCGACACCGCAGCAAAACGUUCUGCCCGAUCCCGGUCUUAACUAUCCCUCCCGAGAAGCGACCGACGAGGCGGUUGGGGGAGGGUUGGGCUCGAAAAUUGUUACCGACGAGCUGGGUGCGCCCGAGGACGCCAUCAAUCAGUUCGGCAUCAUUUCGUACGAUUCCAACAAGAACACACUGCUGGACCAUCAUCCGGCACUUCCAUCGAUCAGUUCGUCUUCGUCGAUGCUUCCGUCGCAAUCGCGCGAAGAAGAAAUGGAACCAUUCAACUCCAAAUGCAUCACAGAAUGCGACAGCACGACGGAGCUGGGUAGCGAGGCAACGACAUCUGGGGUCGUGGGGACGAGUGGACAUUGCGGCGGGGGUGGAAUCGGGGAGGAUACAAUCCUACCGUCGACCUCCGGCGGAGGCUUUUGUGUCAAGUCAAGUGCAAUCAUCAUAUCUGCGGCGUCGCUGGACGUUGUCGUUCCGGAGGUGGACUCGACCACAGACACGAUCGCACCGGAUACGUCUACGGCGGAUCUUACUGGCGAUGUAAUCGCCCCCUCCUUCCCACUCAGCAACUCACCAAUCGGGUCAUCCGGUCCAACGACGAUGCCGUCGGCGUCGAUGACGUCGUCGUCAUCGCUCUCGUCAUACUCGUCAUCCUCAUCUUCUUCUUCCUCCUCGUCAUCUUCUUCAUCGGCUUCCUCGUCGUCUGGCUCGUCGCUGGCGGUAUCGAUGACCGGUUCCUCGCUAUCGUCCAACUUCCAGUCGGCCGCCUACAGCAACUGUUCUUCGCUGUCUGGCGGGUACGAAGAGCAGCCGCAGUCUAGCUACUCCCCGAGCCAGACGGCAGCCGCAGUGGCCGCUGCCUCCGACCUGAUUUCCAUGUUCGACGAGGAACACUACAAAAACGCCACCGACCUGGGCCAGUACAAUGAUUUCUCCUACAAUGCGCUGUUGACGCAGGCGUUACUCAGCUGCGGCGAUGCGGCCGCUGGUCUCAAUUUAAGCUGUGGCACCUCCUCCUCGGGCGUAGACAAUCUGAACGAGUCGGCCUUCCUUUCGUCCCUGAACACGACAGCUAUCGAAAAUCUGAAAGCACUCACGUCACUGUCGGGCCUGGGAGGUGGCCCGUUGGAUGGUGGUAUGCUGGAUGAAGGGGCCAGUUCUAGCUCGUCGAGCGGAGGAGCCACCUACCUACCAGAAUAUGGGCAACAGGGGCAGCUGCAGCAUGGAGGUAUGGUGUCGGAGGAAUCAUUGAUCCAUAACAUCGAGUGCAAUGAAACGAUUCCUAUGUGUGGCGACGAGAGCGGCUCUACUAUGCAAAUGGACAACAACGAGUGUAUCGAGAUGGAGGAAUCGAACGAUGGACAACAUGACGAAUCGGCGUACAGGUUCGAUCCGUACUUUUUCAUCAAGCAUCUUCCACCGCUGACCUGCGAGAUGCGUUCGAAGUGUCCGGCCCUGCCACUAAAAACCCGCUCCAGUCCCGAGUUCAGUCUCGUGCUUGAUCUCGACGAAACACUCGUACACUGCAGCCUGAUGGAGCUGUCCGAUGCGAGCUUCAAGUUCCCGGUGCUAUUCCAGGAGUGCAAGUAUACGGUGUUCGUCCGCACCCGGCCGUACUUCCGCGAGUUUCUCGAGAAGGUGUCCCAGAUCUUCGAGGUGAUUCUGUUCACCGCCUCGAAGCGUGUGUACGCCGAUAAGCUUCUCAAUCUGCUCGACCCCGAUCGACGACUGAUCAAGUACCGUCUCUUCCGUGAGCAUUGUGUCCUAGUCAACGGCAACUACAUUAAAGAUUUGACGAUUCUCGGAAGGGACCUUUCGAAAACUAUUAUCAUAGACAAUUCUCCGCAAGCUUUUGGUUAUCAGUUAGAAAAUGGUAUCCCAAUUGAGAGUUGGUUCGUCGAUCAGAGCGAUUCGGAGUUAAUGAAGAUACUUCCCUUUUUGGAGCGUCUGGCCGAGAUGCGCGAAGAUGUUCGCCCGCAUAUUCGUGAAAAGUUCCGACUUUUCUCGUACUUGCCUCCGGACUAAAAUGUUGAAAUGGCAUCAACCUGCACGUUCGGUUCGUCGGGAAGCGAUUAGUUAAUUUGACAAGUUUAUUCUUCACGUAAGCACCUUUAAAGCAGCAGCAAACAAACAUACACACGAUAUGGAUCGUGUUUUUUCAAAAACUAUUAUCGUCCUUUGAAUUCUUACUCUAGUAGUAUUACCCAAUAUGGUUAGUUUAAAACGGAGAAAUCUCGUAACAGUAAGCAUUAUACGGCGAAUCAAAUCACCGUCGAAAGUGUGUAAAGGAUGUAGCAGUAAGGAUGAUGGUUUACAUUUAAAAGUGUAUGACGACGAAGAAGACGAUACUUGCACAAGCACAGAACAAACAAUCUAUAAUGGACAUCUUUAAAUAACUAGUAAAUAUCAAAGCAUAUAUGUUCAAAACAAACUGAACGAAAUUACUACAUGAAAUAUCCUACGAAUUGAAUCUGGUGGAACGGCAUAGCCCAGCAUAGCUAAUUGAUUGAUUCUUAACGAAAUAUAUUCAUCGCACUAUAGAGAAGGCUCGGCAAAAUAACUAUCGGUAAAACAAAAGACACAGAACAGAAUUGGCUUUUGCUGAUGGGUGGUUAAUUUGAACGUUCUGUACUUGUUUGGACAGAAAAUUAACAAACGAGAUAGCCCCACUAUUGCCAUAAGAAGCGGAGAAGAAUUUUCACGCAACUUAGUAGAAACCGAUGCAUUAAUUACGCAAAUGAUCAAAAACUGACAUGAAAUCAAUAUUUAAUACACACUUACUCAAACCACAUAAUGUACUUGUAAGAAUGGAAAGUAAUAUUUAACAUAACCACAGAGAUAAAAUGCAAAAGAAAAUGGUACCAGAACAGAACAAUUUAUGUGUAGGAGAGAUAAUAAGAACGAGUAGGGUGAGGAGAAACUUGAGAUAGGAUUCUUCAGUCAGUUGAGUCGGUUAAGUGGUUCAGUUGUAUGGUGAAAUUUCUGGUUAUAUUGUAUUGCAAUACGUAGAUGAUAGAGGUAAAAAGAUGAUUAUUCGAAUUUGAUUACGAUCGACAUUGUUACAUGGUAAUGUUUCUUCUUCCGUUGGUUUAUAUUAUAUAUCAAUUAGAUGAUAGUGCGUAACAUAUUUUUUAAUUUAUUACCACAUGAUUAUAACGUCACCAGCCGAUGUACAACGUAAUUGUAUGAUAUGUUUACGAAAAGCAGCAGCAGCAGCCGGGUUGUGUUGUAUAAGAGCGGAAAGGAAACGAAUUAGGAGACUUUAAUUUAAAUAAUAUUAUAUACUGGUAGCGAACUUGCCCCCUCUCUGCUAUUCGUGUGUGUUGACUGUGUUGUGUUUGUCAGCGGGACACAUUUCUUUCGAAAUCAUUCUUUACACCAAAUGUUGAUGUACUUGUUACGAAUGAAUGAUAUCAAACACAGAGCACCAUUUUAAGCUACCUUUCCGCGCGCCGCCAGCCUAAUGCAUGCUUAGUGGUGCGUUUCAAUUGUCCGCUAGUUGCUAGUUGUUAAAUUUUGCUUCGUUAGAAUGAGAUUCUUUAGUUCGGCGAAACAAAUCUGUUAGUGAUGACGAUUCGGGGCCACUGAAAGGCUCACGAAUUCCUUCUUUUUUUCUCUUGGCAGCCUUCACGAUUACGAGUGGGCUGGUUGGCACGAAUCAAAAUCGAGCUUUCGGGUGUCUUAAGCGUGUGCACCUUUGCCGCUACCUUUCAACUUCCAUUUCAAACUAUUCUUUUUACCUACAUUUUUUAAGACAUUGUACUGAAGAGAUUUGUUUCAUAUAUAAUAACAAUAAUAAAACAUUAAUUUCUCUAUAAUGAUCA